AUGAGCGCCAUGAGCGUCGACGGCAUCUCGAUCGGAUUCUAUCCCGACGAGGGCGAUGCAGGCGGUACCAAAACGUACCUCUCGCACCUCAAUGCCACGCUUUCGUCAAGCUGGCCCUCACCGCAUCGCGCGCCCGUGAUCAAUGUCGUAGGAUGGUACGCGCAAACCUACCCGGGCGAGGAAUUCACGGGCUCGCAGCUGCUUCCGCUUGUGCAAGAUAUCAAGGCGGAGUAUGUGCGAUGCGGUGGGGCGGUGCAGAUGGUGUACGAGGCGUCGGUGAUGCCGUUCCAGUCGUGGACGGGCUAUACGCGCGACAACCCACGCAAAGCACACGAGGUGGCGAGAGUCAUGCAGGCCAUCCUUGUCGCCAGCCAGCUGGACGACGACUUUGCGAUUGCAGAAAUAAGGCUGCGGUUCGGACACGAGGUGAAUUACUACAUACGCUCGGGGCUAUACCCCCCUCCGACGGGUGUGGAUGAGGCAAGGGACUUUAGAGAGGCGUUUGACCAGGUGGCGAUUGCAUGUCGUGCAUUACCGGUGGAGUAUGCGCGGAGGGUAAAGAUGUUCUGGUGCCCCAAUAUCGCCUCGACAGCCUCGGGGGCUAUGGCAGAGUACGAGCGGUUCCAGCCCACAAUGGAGCACGUCGACUAUGUGGGGAUCGACUACUACUGCCCCGCGCGGGGUUGCUUGGAUGCAGCCGACUUUGUGCGCAAGAUGAAACCGUUUCACGACAAGUAUGCCUCCCCCAACAGGCCGUUUUUGCUCGGAGAAACGGGACUCCAUUUCGACCAAAGCGAGGGUGGCGGCACACAGGCAAAGCUCAAGUGGCUCGAUGCAGUGACGAGCAAGGAGGCCCGCAGGAAGUUGCCCCACCUCCGGGGUGUGAGCUGGUUCAACUAUGAGAAGGACAGGGAUUAUCGGUUGAUCUUCGUCGCGCAAACAGAGGCGGCCAAGACGGCGGCAUUUGCGCAGUGGCUGUACGCACGCAUGGCGGAAGAAGACAAGACAUCGCCGGCGAGAGGGGGAGGCAAGGUGAAGAAGUUGUGGAAGACGUUGAUGGCGGGGUAA